UGAAAGUAGAUCGGCAGCAGAUAUGCAGUGGUAGUUUUACCGACAGUCUAAAGAUCUAACACACUGCCUUCUUUCCAGUGUGUUACCGCCUAUAGACAGGACUUUACUCAAGUUUAGUUAUGAAAUUGUUUAUUUUUGUUUAUUUUGCCUCUUUGCUGGGAAAUGUUGGGACUGUAACAUGGAGCUCGACAGUUCCAGAAGUUCUGCUUUUCCUCCUGUCUUCUGUUCCUCUUUCAUCAGCAGUCACACACACUCUGCAGUACCAACACACUGCUGUCAGAGGAAUAAAUCUCCCAGAAUUCACUGCUGUUGGUCUGAUGGAUGGAGAGCAGUUUGUGUUCUAUGACACCAACAUCAAGGAGACGAUCCCAAAGACAGAGUGGGCACAGAAGAUCAGUGCUGAUGAUCCACAUUACUGGAACUCAGAGACAGAACAUAUGCGGAAUGAAGAUUACAUACUCACAGUCAGACUGGGUCGCAUAAUGGAGUGUUUUAAUCAGACUCAAGGAGUUCAUACACUCCAGUGGAUGUUGGGCUGUGAGCUUGAUGAUGACGGCACCCCUACGGUAUAUGAUCAGUUCGGUUAUGAUGCAGAAGAUUUCAUGAAUCUGGAUCUGGAAACUGUAACCUACACUGCAAUGAAACCUCAAGCUGGAGAACUUAUAAAGGAGUGGGAUCCUACAGAUGCUAAAGCUAAAUACUAUAAGAGCUACCUGGAGAAUGCAUGUAUUCAUUGGUUAAAGAAGUUUGUGUCUUACGGCAGAGAGACUCUGGAGAGGAAAGUUCGUCCUGAGGUGUCACUGUUCCACAAACACUCGCCUUCUCCAGAGGUGGUGUGUCACGCUACAGGUUUCUUCCCCAAAGCCCUGAAUAUCACCUGGAAGAAGGACGGAGAGGACGUGAUUGAGGACGUUGAGCUCAAUGAGACGUUACCCAACCAUGAUGGAAGCUUCCAGAAGAGGAGCAUUUUGAAAGUCCCAGCUGAGGAGCUGCAGAAACACAACUACACCUGUGUGGUUCAGCACAGCAGCUUGGAGAAGGAUUUAAUCCUAGAAGUAGCAAAAGGUGGAGGAUCGACUGGUAUCAUCAUUGGUGUCCUUGUGGCUCUCGUUGCUGUCGCUGUUGUUGUCUUCUUGAAGAAGAGGAACUCUGGAUUCAAACCUGUUCCCCCAAACCCUCCUCUGAAGGAGAUUCUUCCUCCAACAACUCUUAAACUGUGGCUGUGUGUCUUCCUGCUGGAGAGACAGAUUAAGACAUGAUGAUGUUUACAGUGUAAUAUGGAAUAAAAAUGUGUGUGUGGAGUGAAAAUCCAGCAGAAAAGCCUGAGCUCACAUUAAAUCUCAGAUCAGAGCUGAUAUUUGUCUCCAUUGUCAAGUGCAGUUUAAUGUCCAGCUAUAAGAUUGUGCUGAAAUACUUCUCUCCCUGUUGUUCUCCUCUUUCACAGGUGAGGAGGUGCAGCCAUGCUUCUGCUUCUUCUGGUUUUAAUCACAUUUAGCAGAGUGUGUAAUGCCUUACUGCCACAAACUGGACUGCAGUGUGUAACACAGACAUAUGAUCAUUAUAUCUGUAUUUUAACAAGAGAUGAAGAAAAAUUCUACAAAAACAAAAAGUCCUGUAAUAAUGUCCUGUAGCUCUUAGAAACUUUAUCCUGCUCAUAUUCUUCCUUUUUAUUGUGGAAUCCUUUGUAAAUAUUACUCUACUGUAAAUAUUACUGUAAAUAUUACUGUAAAUAUUACUCUACUAUCCUGUCUUUUGUAAAAACUGUGAAAAGGAUUGAAAUUCUAACAGUUGCUGCUGAACACUUAAAGGAUAUGGGACAUGAAACAUAAAAGCAUGCUAUAUCAGUUUCUUUCCAUUAAAAACAUGAAUUAAUUGCAUCAACAAAUACAAAAUCAUCUAUUAAAUUCAGCAAAAUCGUUAUAUUCGUGAUGAUUAUAUGGCAUUUCUGCUCGACUUCCGAUAUGCAUUUUUUGCAACCGGAAGAGCCGCUGUCACGUGAUCAUACGUCACAAAAACUUUCGGGCACAGCACAAGCGGGUAGAUGAAUGGAGAAGUGGAUGACAAGAAAAUUGUUUUUAUAGUCUUUAAAGUACAUUGGACAUCAUGGUGUAUUGUGCUGCUUAUGGUUGCAAUAAUUCCAAUGGGAAAUGCCCUGGAGUAAGUUUUUUUGCAUUCCCCAAGGACCCGAAGCUGAGGAAAGUGUGGGCUCACCUGCUCAUGCGCAGUAGGCUUCGCGCAUGCGCAGUAGGCUUGGUAGGACAACUUUACAGAACACCUGUUGAAAAAACUUUGCACCUACUGUUUCCCACAAACUGUAUUUGGACCAUUUCACUGAGGAUUCUUUCAACAUUAAUACUCAGGUACUGAGUGAUAUUAAUUCAUGAAACAUGAAACAGGAAGCAUAAGGAUGAGGAAAAAAAAAAAGUUCAAAUCGGGAAGCUGCGCACACCUGCGCCAGGCUGCACAAAUGCGCGCAGCUUCCCGACCCAAACCGCCUCUCUCUCAUCCUUACACUUCAUGCCUCAUGCUCCAUGAACCAACAUCGCUAUUUUUUUAAAAAAAUCGGAUCUGCGCGAUUCAGCCAUGAAAAAGGCGGCAUCCGCCGAAAGGCGCGCUGUUUGCAUCCCUGCACGGAGACCAGGGGACAGGGCAGGAAUAUUUUUGUUGAUAUGAGUGAUCCAGUGCGAUUUCGCGACCCCCCUGUUGAAGACCUCUGCGCUAAGCGACUGAAAGCCGAGGUAAGGAUUAGUAUUAUAAUUUUGGGUGUAUCAAUUAUUGAUUAUCAUAAUUCUGACUCGUUUCGCCAUUUUGAAUGUUUUCAUCUCGGACUCUGGAAGCAUUGUAUCUCAAUCAAUCUUGAAAAAUAUCAGCAAAAAAAAAACUAGCUUGCAGCGGACUUUAGCUAGAUCUAUGAUUAACUUUCAAUGUAUGAUACAAAAAUAAUACUUCUUUCAACAGAUCAUUAGCCUUUGAGCAGAAUUGUUUUUAACUUACCAGGAAGUGUUAUCCAGCCGACCGCUUUCAGUUUCAUGAGGGCUGAAUGAACUCUCACUCUCAGAAUCAUCUGACCCUUCAGAGUAAAGACAAGAUCUAUGUUCAUGUGAAUUUCCAGCUAUCGGUUCGAAUUGAUAGGGUCUAACUUCACAUCUCUGUGAAACAUCGGGAAUAUCACUGUCGAUGGUGUCCAUUUCGGUAACCUGUUUACAUUAGAUUCCCAAGCGUUGGCUCCUUGGAAAGUUUUUGUGACAUCACGGGUCACGUGACCACCGAGCUCAUUAACGAAUCCUUGUUUUACGCUGAUGUAUAAAAAAACUUGAAUAAUGUGAUGAUUUUCACAUUUUUGACGCCCUGCAGUGAUUUAGAUGGCAUUUCUUAUGUCCUUUAUACAUAAUUAUGCCCAGGUAAAAAUCCAUGUCCCAUAUCCUUUAACUACCUCUGUCACUAAUGUCAUAAAUGUUACUUUGUCAGUCCAUGAAUAAAUCUUUAUUUUUGUGUUA